GGAAGAGCAAUCGGCAGAAGGAUUUGAUGUAAAGCCAAGCCCACAGACAGCGGAGACAUAUCGGUAGUUCACCAAUUUUCGGUUCCAUUCAAGUCCGAGAACACAAGAAGACAUUAUUAAUCACAUUCGUAUCUGGAGUCUGGGUUUAGGGCGGGGUUACUACCUAAUUGCGAGAGUCGUCAUUCGGAUCACCAUCUCAGGGACUGAGCACCUCAUCCUGAGGAAAAGCUCCUCCCUAGAAGAGGCACAUAUAACACACCACACAUACACCCACCCUUCCCUCAAAUCCACUUCCCCCCCCUCUCACACUCAGCUCAUCCAAGGUCAAACACCAAGACAUCCACACCUCCACUAUACCCUGCCAACCAGAACAAACCACCAGAAAACCACCAUGGCUGUAUCCAAAUCCUUCUACGCAAUUGUAGCCGGCACCGGUGCCGGCACGGGCCGGUCCGUCGCCUUGCGCUUCGCCAAGUCUUACCCGGUAGUCCUGCUGGCCCGCAACCCCUCCAACUACGAAGACAUCGUGUCAGAGAUCAAGCAGCAAGGCGGCGAGGCGCUAGGCAUCAGCGCGGAUAUGUCGGACCCAGCAGCGAUAGCAUCUGCAUUUGAGAAUAUCAAGAGCGAGUAUGAGGGGCGCGGGUUGGGGUUGGCUGCUGCUGUGUAUAACGUCGGCGCCAGGCCCGCGAUCAAGCCCUUCCUCGAGUUAGCCCCAUCCGACCUCGACGCCAGCCUCGACGGCAACGUACGCGGCCUCUUCCACUUCGCGCAAGCGACCCUCCCCUCCCUCCUGGCCUCGGUCCCGACCUCCCCCCACCCGCCAACCCUCUUGGUAACGGGAGCGACGUCGUCGGUGCGGGGCUCGACACGGUUCAGUGUGUUUGCGGCCGGGAAGUUCGCGGCCCGGGCGCUGGGCCAGAGCCUGGCGCGCGAGUUCGGCCCGCAGGGAGUCCACGUGGCGCACGUGAUUGUGGAUGGUUUGAUUGAUAUGCCGCUGACGAGGGAGUAUGUGGUUAAUGAGGGGCGGGAGGAUGGGAAGAUUAAUCCGGAUGCUAUUGCUGAGAGCUAUUGGCAUUUGCAUACCCAGCAUCGCUCGAGCUUUACGCAGGAGCUGGAUCUGAGGCCGUAUGUUGAGAAGUUUUGAGGGGGGCAUGGGGUAGGCCGGUCUAGGAGGAUGUGUUAGUGGGCUGCAGCAGAACAGGGGGUAUCCUCAAGAGUAGUUGGGCACAUUGUGGUAAACGCUCGCGGCUGACAGAGGGAUGCGGAGAGAGGGCUCGGGCCAGUUGAGCCCUGACAUCGAGAUAUAUU